AUGUCCAUUUCAAGAACUUAUCUAAUGGUUUUAAAACAUUCAGGAGAGUUAGAGGCUGAGAGUAAUAAGAGUAUUGUCAGAAGUGGCAUGCAGGAGGUUUCGCAAGUGAUCAAGAGGAAGCUUGAGGGCUAGAAAUUCAGUUUUGAAUAUAUUUUAGAUAACUUUUAUCAAUUAAGAAUUAAGAGAAUAUUAUCCAUUUUCUAUCUAUGA